AGAACAGGUUUGUCCGCUAACCCGGCCUUCCUAUAAGGCUCAGUUACACCUGCAGCGGCACCGUUAGUUCAGAGGAGACUGGGAGAGGUUACAGUUAGACAUGGCUGCUACUACUGCUCAGUCUACAGGGACCCUGCCCAGCGGAGUGGAGAUAUGCACGACAGCACCAGACAUAUUUUACCUGCCUGAACUGGUAUUUGGUGGUUUGGUGUGGAUUCUAGUGGCAUCGACCCACAUUGACCCAACUAACCCUUUGGGAUGGGUGAUGUUUGUCUCAGUCUUCUGCUUCGUCAUGACCUUCCUCUGGAUGAUUAUUUUUGUUACUGGGUGUCAUAAAAGCAGUUCUGGCUGGGCCGUUGCAGACUUUGUUUAUCACUUCCUAGCAGUGCUGUUCUACCUGAGUGCAGGAGUGGACUUGGCUUUUAUCACAUUACAACAUAAAUCAGGGGACCAAAGAAUUUAUCGCAUUGAUAUUUCUGCAGUGGUGUUUGCCUUUGUGGCCACACUUCUCUACUUCAUCCAUGCCAUCCUCUCCGCCAUCAGAUGGAAACAUUUCUGAGAACUCUCUCUCUCUCUCUCUCUCUCACACACACACACACACACACACACACACACACACACACACACACACACACACACACACGGAAACAUAGACACAAGUACAUGUGUUAAUGUAUCUGUGCAUUUUGCUCUGUGUGUAAGGGGGAUAGGAAUACAGUUAUGAACCUAAUAGUUGUUGUAGUUUCUCAUGUUUGAUGUUAUUAAUAUAAAAAAAAACACCUACUGAUCAUUUCCAGGCAAAACUACAAGCGUUUGAUUUACACUUGGUUGUUUUUAAAAGAUUCCAGUUGGAUUGAGGCUUUCUGGACUGAGCACUGUGCAGUUUGGAUCAGGAAGUGAAUAAUUAGAGAAAUGUUCUCACUGUGUUUGUCUAACCCUAACCCUAAUAUAUUUUGCAUGUAGUUAAACCCUAACCCAAAACACAUGAACUAAUGAAUCAUCAAAGAGAAAUGUUGUAAUUCAGAUCCCAAUAUAAAAUGCAUUUGAAUUGAUUUCUUUAAUCUACAACCAGUCACCUCAAAGCGGAAUACAAACAUUUCAUAAACAGUUGCUAAAAUAAAGUCAGAUGAGUCUGGCUGUGAUUGAAUCAUAAAUCAAUUAAAAUUGAUUAUGUCCUAUAAAAAUAUUUUCUUUUGUUAAUAUCAGAUGACUCAGAGCUCCUGGCCGUUUGUUACAGGAAAUAACGGGUCUUUAGGAUGUUUUAUUUCAAUUAUGUGAUAUGAUGUGACACUGCCACUAUUAUGUAAGCCAGCAAAUAACAAUUGUUUGAUAAUUAAAACCUCCAGCAAACAUGCAGAGUUAGUGAUUAGGGAGCAAAUUCUAUGUUUUUAUUCAUACCACUACUACUACUAAUACCACCAAUACUACUACUACUACUACUACCACUAAUACUACGACUACUCUACAACUGCUAUUACUACAACUGCUACCACCAAAACUACUACUACUCUAACUUCU